UGCGUAUAAAAAAUCCCCCACGCCUUGCAGUUUGCAGAUUUUGGUAGCUUUCUCGCGCCUUUGAAAACCCUUGGGAUAUUUCUCUGCUUGCGACUGCGAACAAUAUGCAGGCCAGUGACAGGUUUAACAUCAAUUCCCAGCUUGAGCACCUCCAAGCUAAAUAUGUCGGUACUGGGCAUGCAGAUUUGAAUAGAUUUGAAUGGGCAGUGAACAUUCAACGGGAUAGCUAUGCGUCAUAUGUUGGGCAUUACCCCUUACUAGCGUACUUUGCUAUUGCGGAAAAUGAAUCAAUUGGGAGAGAGCGCUACAACUUCAUGCAGAAAAUGCUUUUGCCUUGUGGUCUCCCCCCUGAAAGAGAAGACGAAUGAGAAUUGUCAUUUGGGCCAAAUCUGAAACAUAUUAAAACUCUCAAUCUGUGCAAGCUGAGAGUCCCAUAUUUGUGACAUCUAAAUAUGUUUUUGCUUGGAUGAACAAUUAAUGUUAUGUGAGACUGAUGAAUAGAGAGUACUUGGAUCACACUCUCAUCCAACUUUUGUUUGGGCUUGUAAAAUUAGUCAUUAUGUGAACGCUUGGAAUUUUUAGUCUUGAUCUGGUUAUGGGUUUUUCUGAUC